UCUCUCAGCGGCUAUAAAACUGGGGAGGUUGUUGCUUCCCUCCAUAGUCGAGUAGUGGACGUCCAAGUGGGAGGAUCUCUGUCGUGUUACUGAGACAGCCGAACAGAGAGCCGAGAUGCAGUGUGUCAGCCUCCUUCUGGUGGUCAUGUUGGCUGCCCUGGCCUCGUCAGCAGAGACCGAGGAAGGGGCACCCACCACAACAAUCGAUCCCAGCACAGCGGCGAAGGAGAGGAAAGAAGAAGAUGACGUGUCGUGGUGGGUGGCUGGCUGUAGGUAUUACUGCAUCUGGAACAAAAGACCAUACUGCUGUGAUGACGGCUCCGGCCCUCUUCCUCCUGAUCACGACGUUCAUGGAGGAAUAUUUUGCCCGCCAACAGACGACCACAUCUGUAAGAAGGAUGGGAUUUACCUGGCCACCCAAGCUAUUAAGACGGCGAGAUACUCCGGGUCACUGCCUCUGGUGAAGGGGCAGCCGAAGGACCAGAAGAUGUGUGCCUCUGAUGGUUACUGUUUGGAGGAUGAGAAGUGUUGCCCCAGUCCGUGUGCAGGACGACACAUCUGUCUCCCAGCACUCGAGCCCACAGACGAUGAGGAGGAUGGAGAAUUAGAACAGGAGGAAAAUGAUGAGGAUGAAGAUGAAACACAGGAAGAGGAGAACGAGGAUGGAAAUUUAGUGCAGGAAGAGGAGGACGAGGAAUAUAGUGACACAGAACAAGAGGAGGAAGAGGAAUAUAGUGACACAGUUCAAGAGGAGGAAGAGGAGGGUUUAGAAUACGACGAAGAGCUGGACGAUGAAGAACCACUGGAGGAGGAAGAGUAAUGAAAGAUAUUAAAAAACACAGUUGUCGCUUAUACUAAGAUACACCGUGGCCGCCACAAAUGUGUAAACAGUAAGCAAUCAUUUCCGAUCCUGCGCAUUUUUCGCUGUAAACCGUAAAGUACUCAUAUCAGGGGUUCAAAUUUGACAUACUAUUUUUUUUUUAGGAAUAGCUGUGUGUAAAGAAUAUAUCUAUAAUUGUUUAUGGUCCUAAAAAUUUAAAUGGCAAUCUUAAUUUAAACCUUCGGACUUUAAUAAAAAUUUCAGGUGUGUUCGGGACUUAAAUGCAUCCGUAUUACAUUAUUUUUUUUAUCAUGUCUAAGUUCAAGAAUUCAAAAGUCUUCUUGACACACACACAUUAAAAAAAACCUUUUGUCGAGUUUGAACCGUUGAUAGUACAGUAGUCAUUAAAAUUACUCCUCCCCACCCUAGUCAGUCUCUCUUGUUUACUGGAAUAUUUAAGAUACAAAAAACAAAAAAAUAAGUAUAGUUUUAUAUGGCAAAUGGUUCCACUUUUUAUACCGAGUUCAACCCCCCCUCGCUCUCUCUCACGGGUCCAUCAUUGUAUCUUAUAGGGACAGAAUUCUUCUUUGUAGAGCUGUUCAUCAUUUUAUACACCUGGUAAUUAAAUAUAUAUGAGUCAUUAGAUAGUACAAUUGAUCAAUCACAUUACCGUAUAUACCUGAGUAUUUAAAUUUUACACCUCAUAAAUUAUACACAUUAGCAUUUAAUUUAAAGACCUGGUCAUUUAAUUAUACACCUGGUCACGUAAGUUUUACACCUGGGCAUUUAGAUUAUACACUUGGUUAUUUAAUUACUAUACACCUGGUUAAUAAUUAUUACACCAUCAAUAUUCAUACAAUAAAAUUCUAUUAACUUUAUUCCACAAGUUGCUUACAUCAAGAGAGAUGCAUAACAGAGACAGUAAACCAUCGCUAAAUCGUGGACAUGAAUAUACUGGUUGGUUUAUCACAUGGACAUUAUUAUCGCAUUAAGCUACCGUAUACACUAUACAGUAUAGUGGCCCCUGAAUAUAGCGGCACCAAUGUUCUCACACUACCGAGAUAUGGCAAGCAGUGGCGGCUCGUGAAAAAUAAAAUG